UCAAGAAGUGGCCAUAAAAUUUCUUCCGGGACUACGACUGUCUUCCUCUGCAUCUGGAAAAUGGCCUCUGAAAACACCGAAGCAACACCUGGAAAAAGAGUUUUCAUCAGUCUUCCAAAGAAAUAUAUGGAUGAUUUAUCGAAACACAUGGCUUUGGAUCAUGGCUUGCUCAUCACAGAUCUGAACGCCAAUAUAAAUGAAGGAUAUCUGGCUGCCUAUUUCAAACCAUUGGGAUGCGUCACAAUGUGCAAGAUCAAGAACUGCCCCGGCCCUACAAAGAGUAGAUUGGCCUAUGUGAGGUUUUCUACAGAAGGGGAAGCAGACAUGGCAGACUGGGCUGGUCCUCACUAUAUUGGAGGGACAGAAUGUACAGUAAGACGGGUUGUUAGUCCGAAGAGUGCAGAUGAGAUAGACAAUGAGGUCAAACCAAUGCCAUCUAAAGUUCCACCUCGGCGUCCAAUGGGUCUGGGCUACAUACUGGAAGAUCCCCAGUGGUUAGAGGAUGAAGACGAUGCACAAACAAACCAGUUUUAAGAUAAAUCUGGCAUUUUGAGAGGACUUGAGAAAUGGGCUUUAAGAAGUUUGAAAAUAUUGAUUUCUAAAUAAAGAAACAUGUAACCUCUGAACUCUUCCUGAUCUAUAGGUUAAAUAAGGUGUGUCAUGGAGACAUGACACAUUUUCAUUUUGUUCACAAAAGAUCAGGUUUUGCUUUUAAAAUGCUGGUGUAUCUUUCGGAAAAAUGUUUGAACUAAGUGUAUUAUUGUCAAGGGUAGACAAACAUUACAGUAUGUAUGUACAAAAUUAGACAAGCCAAACUGUCACCACAUGGAUAAUUAUAUUCUCAAAUAACUGCAAAACACUGUGAAAUAUAACGGAACCACAUUUAUCUUGUUUUUACCAUUACAAAUAUGUACAUUAUAUUGAAAUU